AAAAGACGAUCUGGCGAACUGUUGUCAGUUUUGAGAAUUUCGCACACACACACGCACACACUUUUUUUUAAUUCGGUAUCCAAAAAGCAGCGAAAGUACGGCGCUUUUGGUGGCUUCAGCGGUGUGCAAGGAACAGGACACCAAAAGUCAGCCGCCCCCGGGAACCUGUUGGAGGACCAUACGGUACCAGGAGCCAGCGAGCGACCGAAAUCACUCCGACGAUUGCAGUGCACCGGGUGGCCCGUAGUGUGCACGGCAAAAAUACUAACGACUCCGAGUUAGUGAGAAGCAUCUCGCCGCCCUUCCCUUCCCGCCAGCAAACGCGAUGGCUUCCCGUGGCGGACCGAUGGUGCUCGGGACAGAUGGAACCGACUUCGAGCACAGACAGCGCGUGGCCGCACACUACCAAAUCAGCGCCCUCAACAAAUCCCGAUUAAAGUACUGCAUCUUCUUCCACUAUCUGCUGUUCUUCGUGAUGCUCGUCAAACUGUCCGCCGACAUACUGGACCGGCUCGACAUCUUCAUACUGGAAAUCGAGGAGCUGCAGAUACCGCCCCCGCUCUGGUGGGAAUACUUCUGGUGCCUGUCCGUGUUUCUUUCCUUCAUCGGGCUGGCGGCGGUGCGCGGCAAUCGCGUGAACGAUAUGAAAAAGUACAUGGUUGGUAUUAGCACGAUCGGGUUCGUGCCGCUGCUCUACUGCAUCUUCUACUACCUGAACGAUGUGCUCGAGUAUCUCAACCUGGAGGAAGGUACCGAACUAGACGAUACCGACAUAUUCGUCUGGCAGGUAAUUGGCUAUCCGUACGGACUGCUGUGGUACGGGUUCGUGCUAAUGGCCUUCCAGGUGCACUUUUUCUCGCUGUUCUUUGCCUGGAAUCUGAUCAAAGCCUGGAGACAGCGUGGCGCACUCAAGAAGGGCCAGUAAGAAGGGAAUGCACAGAGCGCGCUAUCCUUCCAUCCUCCGAAGCCGCGUGUAUGGCGGCGCACCGCUCGACAACGCUCAAACUGCACCCACUAACACACACACACACACUCUUAUAAGCACCAGAACCACCCGAAAACCCCCCUGGAACAGCACUGUACGGGCGCUUUGCUCAAUCAAUUGCCCACCAUGCGAGCGGCCUGGAAAGAUGCAGACACUUCACCCUUCCCAAGCAAAACCCCAUUCGACAAAGACAAUAUACCUAGUGUUCGUGUGGGUGAAGUGUGUCACACGACUAGUCUGUUGAUGUAAACGAUAAUGGUAGAACUGUGUUACUAUUCCGUAACGACGAAAGCAUCCGGUAGCUUACUCUAAUGAGCCGAAAAGCGACUGCUUCGCAUGGCAUGGUGUUACGUUUAGCGGACAGCAGCUAGCAAUGAAUGAUAGAAACGAUCCCCCCAGUUGAACCAAUCCUGCCUGUGGACGGGCAUACUGUUUCCGGAUUUUGGUUAGCAAAAAACGUAUCCCGUUCGCUUGUUAUGUUUUCUUAUCUAGUUGACUAAGUAGAAACACGUACAGAAACAACCUGUGUUUCGUUUUCGCUUCCAAAUUAGUAGCUGUUUUUUAAUCGAUUUAGUUUCAUCAUCAUUGCCCGCAUUAUGCUUGGAUGCAUCGCGUUGUAGGAAGCUUUUGUUUAGCUCUAGACAACGAAUCUAAGCUCCGUUGAGGUAAUGUUUAAUGCUCGUACUGCCCCCAUGGACAAAGCAACGUAAAGUAACCAACAACUUGAAGCAAGGAGGAAACGUUUAACAUACACUGUGCUCAACUAUUUAAUGUGUAGAUGAUGAAUAAGACUAGCAUCGUUUUGCAUCGUUAUCAUCGUCCAUAGUAAUGACAAAAAAAGCUAUUCCCCUUGUAAAGGAAGCGAAGGAACACACGGGAGAGAUACCAACAUCGCCGAAGACGAACGAAUGGAAAAGCGAAAACAGAACCGGAGAAAGAUGGACGACGCUCUCUUUGUGGAUACCUGGAAUAACCUCGACAGCACAGCAAGGUUUUGCCAACUGCCCCCGUUGCUUGCGUUGAAGCUAGAUCUAGAAAUUAGAUCUCCUUCACCAAUUUCUAUCGAUCUUUUGUUUGGUUGUGUGUGUGUUUUUUUAAAGUGUAAUGUUUGAUUUUGUUAAUAUACAUUGUUUUUGUUUUCCUUAGUGAUCUCUCUCUGUUUUCCCAAGUUUAACCGAUCCUAGUGCAAUGAACGAUCACACCUCUGCCCGCCCAACCCCAACCCGCGACGGGAAUUGAUUUUAAUUUAAAUGAAAUCCGGUCUUACUUAAAUGGGGUUUUGCUUUGUGCUGUACUGCUGACAUGAUGUUAAGUAAACGGCGAAUGGAAAAAUGACGACGACGACAACAAUGACGACUAUUUAAACGAGCAAGACAAGCUGUAAAACACGAAUAGUAAGGGGGGGGGGGGGGAAA